AGCAAGGGGAAGUAAUCUCAACAUGUGCUAAAUUUAAAACGAAAAGCAGACGAUUUUACAGGUUUUGAGAUGACCAUAUGGGAAGAUGAGCCUAUUUUCUCGAAAAUUCUGGAAACCAGGGACAGAGGCACCAGAUUCUGCUUUAAAUGAGGAAAGGAAAUAUACAAAUGAGGAUUCAGGGGCCACAGUGAUUUAUAAUCCUAACAGAUCAUUAUCUAUAGAACAGCAAAGACAAAGACUUCCAGUGUUUAAAUUAAGAAAUCACAUUUUAUAUUUACUGGAGAAAUAUCAAACAGUUGUGAUUGUUGGUGAAACUGGAUGUGGAAAAAGUACACAGAUUCCACAGUAUUUAUUAGAAGCAGGAUGGGCAGAGAAAGGUUAUCUGACUGGAGUUACCCAGCCCAGGAGAGUAGCUGCUGUAACAGUAGCAAGCAGAGUAGCAGAAGAAAGGGGCUCAAUAUUAGGGGCUGAAGUAGGCUACACCAUUAGAUUUGAGGAUUGCUCAGAAGAAAAAGUUACCAAAGUUAAGUUUCUAACUGAUGGAUUGUUGAUUAGAGAGAUCAUGGGAGAUCCACUACUGAAAAAGUACAGUGUGAUAAUGUUAGAUGAAGCACAUGAGAGGUCAUUGAAUACUGAUAUUAUCCUUGGACUUCUAAGAAAGAUUCAGAAGAAAAGGACAGACUUGAGAAUAAUUAUUGCGUCAGCCACAUUAGAUGCUGAGGAAAUGAGAGAUUUCUUCAACAAUAAUGAAACUGGUGAUAAAAGUAAAGAUACAGCAUCAAUUAUGACUAUAGAAGGCAGAAAUUAUCCAGUAGAUAUACAUUAUUCUUUGGAUCCUGUUCCAGAUUACCUGAAGUGUACAGUUGAAACAGUUAUGAAAGUUCAUAAUUCAGAAAAAGAGGGCGAUGUUUUGGCCUUCCUGACUGGUCAGGAUGAAGUUGAAGCAGUUGUGAGGAUGCUUAUAGAUGAGGCAAAGAAGAUACCCAGAGAUGGACAUAAGAUGAAAGUUUUACCUAUGUAUGGUACAUUGCCAUCCUCAGAACAGAUGAAAGUAUUUGAGAGAACUUCUAGAAAUAUAAGGAAGAUAGUGAUCGCUACAAAUAUAGCUGAAGCUUCUAUUACAAUUAAUGGUAUUGUAUAUAUAAUUGAUUGUGGUUUUGUGAAGAUUAAAGCUUACAAUCCAACAACAGGAAUAGAAUCUCUUGUAAUUAUCCCAGUAUCCCAGGCUUCUGCCAACCAGAGGGCUGGUAGAGCAGGUAGAGUCAGAGCUGGCAAGGCUUAUAGGCUUUAUACAGAGGAGAGUUUCCAGAAGUUACCUCUAGCUACGGUACCAGAGAUGCAAAGAUCAGACCUGGCACCAGUUGUUUUGCAGCUGAAGGCACUAGGAAUCAUUAAUAUCAUCAAGUUUCAUUUUCUGUCUCCACCACCUGCACAGAAUAUGGUCAGAGGUCUGGAGUUAUUAUAUGCAUUAGAUGCUAUAGAUGAAGACUGUAACUUGACCUCUCCACUGGGUUUACAAAUGGCAGAAUUUCCACUCACACCAAUGUUUUCUAAAAUGUUGCUUGAGUCUGGUAAUUUUGGUUGUUCAGAAGAAGCAAUAACAGUGGCUGCCAUGACACAAAUACAAAAUGUCUUUGUUACUCCCUCUGGCAAUAAAUCUUCUGCUGCCAGGUCAAGAAGGAAAUUUGCCGUAGAAGAGGGUGACCAUGUGACCUUAAUUAAUGUGUUUAAUUCAUUCAUCAAGUAUAACAAGAGUUCCAGAUGGUGCCAUGAGUAUUUCCUUAACUAUAAAGGAUUAUGUAGAGCUGUAGAGAUUAGACAUCAGUUAUCCAGAAUCCUGAAAAAGUUUAAUGUACCACUGGUCUCUUGUGGAGAAGAUGUGGAUUCCCUAAGGAGGUGUAUAACAGCAGGAUUUUUUGCCAAUGCAGCCAAGUUUCAUUACACUGGAACAUACAAGACUGUGAGAGAUGACCAUACCCUAUAUAUCCAUCCAACCUCAGUGCUUUCAACAGAAAACCCCCCUCAAUGGGUCGUAUUUAAUGAAGUUAUACAGACAAAGAAAGAAUAUAUGAGAGAUAUAACAGUUAUAAAACCAGAAUGGUUACGUGAAUUAGCACCACAUUUUUAUCAGUUUGGAACUGAAAGUGAGCUUGCUGUUAAAAGAUUAAGAUCAGACUAUAGCUGACAUGGAAAUAAUCACGAUGUAGAAGUACAAAUGUACCUGACCAAUUAGAUUUUAGCAGCAUUAAAUCCUGGGAAUUUUAUGUUUAAUUACUUGGAGUUGAUUAAACAGUUUAUGUAUCUUAUUUACCAUUUCAUAUAUAUAAGGAAACAUGUCAAAUACAAAUGGCUGUAUUAUGUAAUGUUUAUUGUGAAAUCAUGAUAUCUUGUAAUUAAAAUGUAUCUUAUAAUCA